UCGGCGUAAACUGAUUAAGGUCAGACUUCAAUUAUAGCACAGUUUAAAUCAAUAUAUAUAUACUCAAUAUAUACACGAACACUUCGGACAGGGAAAAUAACAUUAGUUCGCCAUUGCAACAUGUGAAUCAUUGUUGCCUUUGAGUUGAUAAAGUGCGCAGAUGUUGGUAGCAGGUGUGAAAGAUGUGAAUGAAUCAGUUGAUCACACGGUUUUAUAUUUGCGAUUUCAUUCGAAGGAAGCUAAUGCACGAGUGAACUGUGUGGACGGAACACACUUCCGGCGGAUUCCGACGACGCAAUGCCUCGGAACAGGCUUGAUGACGCUUCGAUGAGUAGAGCAGUGGGGUGCGGUUGCCUUAGACUGAUGUUCGCAGUUGUCGGACUUGGGUUUUCAAUUGCCAAAGUGAUUUUUGGCGCUGAGUUCAUUACGAAAUGUCCUAUCAGUGACAUAGUUCCGGUAUACAUCGUCGUGAGCGGCUGCCUUCCGGUACUGCUCAGCUCUCUGAAGGAACCGUACGACAACGCCGGAGACUCCCGGAAAUGCGACUCACGGAUCAAGAUGUCCAUCGCUGGCUUCGCCAUCGCCGCCAACUUGGCCUGGCUUAUUUCAGGUACUGUAUGGACCACGUCGCUUUUGACAGUAUCGGAUUACGGUAGGAACACGUGUUCGCGUAUCCAAGGAAAUAACAGCGAAAUUUACGGUAAAGAAAGCGACAUGGGGCUCUCGAACGACAGGUCUGCGACUGCCGAAAUCUAUACAAUUACAACGCUGUUAUACAGAAACACGAAUGUCACUAAUACAGGAGAAAUUUAUAAUCGGAAGGACUCGAAGCAAAUACAUGUUGAUACUUUUAAUGCCCACGACAAAGUUAUUUCACAUCAUAAUUUGAAACUAAAAGACUCCGAUACAACAAAAAUACCGGUACAAACAAAUGGUAAUGGUUUUACAAUCGAUUACUUUCAUAAUACAACAAAGAAAGCAAUAACGAGUGUACAAAGUAGCGAACGUGCCAUUAACGACACAAGCUGGGUGCCCGGAUCUUCAAUCGGAAGGGAAUCCCGGUGCGCGGAUUGCUCCGUAGAAGUUAUUUUCUUUGCUCUGGCGUGCGUGGUGUGCGACUGGACAAUGUUUGGCAUAGGGAUAGUAUACCUGUUGUACCUGUCGUGCCACAAGGUAGCCAGGCUGAAGUAUGAUUGGCUAAUUAUCCGAACAUGAUAAUAGAUGUGAUAUUAUUAAUCAUAAGUUAACAAUAUUUUUCAUUGAGCCGAGUUCUGGGAAAACUUAACUGAAUGUGCGAACAGUUUCUUCCGUAUUCUUUCUGAUAACGAACAAUUUCAUAAGAGCGUAGUGUGGUCAUAGAUAAGCCUUUAACCCUUUGCAUGCUGGGAAAUU